AUGCUCCGCGCGACGGGGCGGCACGCCGGCACGGCGCGGCACGGCACGCGGCACAGGGCAGCAGUCGACGCAGUGCCAGAUUUGGUCCACAGCCGCCGCGGAGCACUGCAGGGCCCGCACGGCGGCAGGAAGCCGCCGGGAACGGAGGAGGUGGCGGGCGAGGGCGAGGGCGAGGGUCACCAGGCCGAGCACUUCCAGAAGACGGUGGCCCAGACCUCGCAGAUCAAGGACGCCGUGGAGAGGGUGCACGUGAAAACCCAGGCCGCGAAGGAGGCGGCCGUGGCGGUGAAGGACAGCUUCGGCCAGUACCAGGGCACCAUCACCGCUCUCAAGGGGCAGCUGGACCGCGUGGACGGCGCCGCGAGCCAGUUCGAGGGCGAGCUGCUGGAGCACCUCGCCGGGGACGAGCGGGCCUCCGCCCAGAUGGCGGGCCGGGGCGCCGCGCGGCGGGGGGCGGCGCUGGCCGCGGCGGCGCUGGCCGCGGCGGCGCUGGCCGCGGGAGGCCGGCGGGGCCGCGCGGGCGCGUGCGCCGCGGGCGCAGCCACGGCGAGGGCCACCGGCGGCCCGCUCGCCGCGGGGCGCGCCGCGGCGGCGGCGCGUGCGGGGCGCCGCGGCGGGGGGCGGCGGGCGCCGCGGGCCGGGCGGCGCGCGGGCGAGGGCCAGUUCCAGCCGCCGGAGCCCUACGGUCCGCUCUUCGAGCUGCGGCCAGAGGGGGGCCUCGCAGACUCGGCCCUGAUCUGGCUCCACUGCGGGGCCGGCAACGGCGCAGUGGCGUCCUGGACGGUGGGGGCGGAUCUCAGAGAGGCGUUGCCGUCAACCUCGCUGCUCUUCCCGACGGGCACGGUGCGGCUGCCCUUCCCCAGGUGGGUUGCCUUCGGGUACGACGAGGUCAACAAGGCGAUGGAGAACACGUCCGCCUUGCUCGAUUUCGGGCACCUGGGGAUCAUGCAGGAGAGCGUCCGCUACGUCCACGCCCUGGUAGACCGCGAAAUCGCUCGCGGUAUCAGACCUGAGCGAAUUUUCGUGGCCGGCUUCUCCAACGGGGGCGCAGCCGCCCUGGCAGCAGGGCUGUCUUACCAGGCACGGUUGGGAGGAGUGCUGGGGGCCAGCACGUUCCUGCUGGGCCGCCCCCCUGAGCGUGACGGGCAGCUGGAGGCGGCUCCGCCUGUGCACCUUUUCCACGGAGGUGCGGAUCCUGUGGUGCCAGUGGAGUGGGCGCACCAUUCGAGGAAAGUGCUGGAUGACGCAGGGCUGAGUGUGUCCCUCAAGGUCUACCCUGGCAUGUGGCAUAGCCGCUGCGAGGAGGAAACUUUAGAUAUGUUGACACUCAUUCGCGGCACCUUGAUGCAACAAAAAUCGUAG